GCAGCUAGCGGACGCAACAAUAUCAGAUAUCUACGUGAAUUGCCAGCCCUGGCUCUGGAACAAAAACUUUUAUUUUAAUCAAUUGUUUAUGUUGUGCUGAAAUUAAUAUGGAGUAGUUGUGUGCUUGGCUGGUGCUUCUAUCAAUUAGUAUGGCCUAUAUAAAUAUAGCAGAAUGGACGCCCGACCAAGUUACAGACUGGAUCCGAGGUCUCGACGAGUCCAUGAAAGGCUAUUUGUACGAAUUUUCGAAACAUGAAAUCGGCGGACGGGCCCUGCUCAAUAUACGGCCAUAUGAGUUGGAAAAUUUGGGCAUGAAGGCCAUAGGCCGUCAGGAAAUUGUCCUUGAGGCUGUCGAAAACCUGCGCAACUUUCACUAUCACCUGAAGAAUGAUAACCUGCAGUUUAUGGCGCUGCAUGUGGGCACCGCGGCACGGAACUUGCAUCGGGAGCUGGCCAAGAACCACGCGGACAGCACAAAGAUUGACACUCGGACGCUGCACGACAUUACGCGCACCAUUGCGACGCUGAAGCCGCUGAUUGGGAAUUUGGAGCGUUCGCCGUUUCGCAACCAGGACAUGUACCGGGAGUAUUGCGGAAAUGUGCUGCGCUGCGGCCUGGAAUUGGCGACGAUAGCGCAUAGAGAUCGUUUUGCGGAGCGGCCAGUUGCUCAGAUCAAGGCGACGGCGGAGCGGCUGGAGCGUCUGGCGAAUUUCAUUAUACAGGACAUAUCGGAUCCGAUGGUGUUGCAGCCGGCGUCGCUGAAUCUUGUGACUUUGAAGAAGCGCGAAUCGGAUCUUGGUUUCAAUAUUGAGUCCAGCUACAAUGGAAUUCACCGCGUCACGGACAUCAAGUACAACUCACCCGCCCACAACUCGGGCAAGAUCGAGGAUGGCGAUGAAAUCGUCCAGAUUAACUACCAGACUGUCGUCGGCUGGCAGCAUAAGACUGUGUUGCACCAUCUGUGCGAGGCGCUGCCCGAUGUGGUGCUCACUGUCAAGAAACGGCCCAAGCACACCAAGAUGUAUGGCCAGAUUUACAUGCAGCCAUAUCGGCUGCCUAGCAAGAAGCGAAACAUGGCCAGUCGCUGGGCGGACAACUUGCCCAGCCCGAGUCCGCGUGCCGCAUUCCUAACGCUAGAUACGGCGCCUAAAACGCAGAGAAGCGACGACGGAAAAGGCGUAAAGGUUAAGGAGCUGGUGCGUGAGCAGGAGGGUGAGCAGGUGCAGGCGCAUGCAGCCUCAGACUCGGAUUCCAGUUGCAGUGAUAUACCCACUCCCACGGACACAAAGUCCGCCAGUCGCGAAAUGCGUUUGUACUAUCCCAAGCCGCGAGCUCUGCUUCAGCGACGGAACACAAUUUGCGGCGAUGAGUUUCUCAGCCUUAAGCAUCCGCAUCUGGUGAUACCCUCUUGGCACGAGCGUAAGCCUGGCGGCAGCGGUGUCGGUGGAGCCACCAUCUGUGAUCCUGGCUCGCCCAGCAUUCGCGACAAGUCCAUAUCCUUUGGCUAUGGCCUCGAGAUUGCGCCCAGGCCAACCACCUGCAUUGGCCUGGCGGCCAGCGACAGCGCAGACACAGCCAAGCGGCUGUUCAACGAGGCGCGCAAGCUCAAGCAGCUGACCGAGGCGGGCCUGCAAUCCCAACAGCAGCUGCAGAUGCUGGACCGCUACAAGCCCGGCGUAAGCAAAGUGGUGCGCUUCGACGCCAACAUGAAGGUGGAGGACUAUGUGGUCAAGAACGAGAAGUUUACGUGCAAUGUGGAGAACACCAUACUGGAGACCUUCGAGCCAAUACCCUUUGCUGACGAAGGGGACGAGGAUGCGUUGGAAACGCUGCGUAGCUGCGCCAGCGAAACAAGUGCCGAGCUUAUUCAGGCCAUGGAACUGGCUACGCGUGAGACGCCGCCGCUGGCGGAGGCCAUUAAUGCGCCGCUCAUCCAACAGCAACAACAGCAGCAGAACCGACGCGGCCGCCUGGACAAGAGUCACAGCACGCCGGCCUAUGAUAAUUCCGGUGAGGAGGAGUCGGAUACACCGCCGCCAGCCAUUGAGCCGCGCAAAGAGUUUCUUCUAGUGACACCGCCAGCGCCGCCGCCGCGUCCGCGCAAGCAACGAGAGCUCACACCCCCGGUUGUGCCACCGCCACCCCCCAAGCCAGCGAGCAUGCAGCCGGUUGCAGCAACAACAGCCACAAUAACAACAGCAGCAGCAACGGGGGAACAGGAGAUUAGCGAGCUGCUGACGCCAACAAAGACGCGCACGCUGACGCUGAAGAAGAAGCACAGUCUGAUGGCCAAGCGCCGCAACACGAACCUCAAGCUGUUGGGCACCGGUGACAUUCAGGGUCAUCUUUACAGGCGCACGAAGAACCUGCGCGGCGUCACCUACUGGGCGCGCAUCUAUUUUGUGAUGCUGGACACCAUUUUGUACGGGUUUCGCAGCAAGCAAAGCUCCAGCGCCAGCCUGGUCAUCUUUCUGCCCGGCUUCACUGUUUCGCUGGCCAAGGAGGUGCACUCCAAGCCGCAUGCCUUCAAAGUAUACCACACGGCCAAGAGUUUCUACUUUGCCGCGGAGUCACUGGACGCGCUCAAUCAGUGGGUGGAAUUCCUCAGACUCGCCUCGCUCAAGCUGCCAGCGGUGAGCAGCGAGGUUUGCACCAGCAAGGAUCUGUACUCCGAGAAUGAGAGCUCCGGCGAGGAGGAGAAUGAUGCGCUGGUCAGCACAAAUCUAUGCACGCCCUCGCCGCAGGCCUCCAAGGAUGUAAUUGCCACACUGGCAGCAUCUGGCAAUGCGACGCCCACCAGCAGCCUGAGCAGCAACAAUAGCCUGAAGCACGACCGCGGCUACUUUGACUCGUUGCGCAAAUUCACAAUGGGCACGUUCAAGAGCAGUGCGGCAAAGAGCAGCUCCAGCGACAUACCCGUGCCAACGGCGAAUUUUCAGACCUUUCGCAAGGUGCCCGGCGGUAGCUGCGGCAUCCAGAUAGGCGCCAACACACCCGGCUAUCACGAUCCAGCACAGCCACCGACAACAUUGCUGCCAGCACCAGCACCACCGACGCCAACGCCCAAGCCAGGUGGCUCCGGAACGCAGGAGCAGCAGUCAACGCGCAAGCUAUCGCGCAGCUCCAGCCGCAGUUCGGUGGUGAGCGUUGCCUCAGCAAGUCUGGGCCCGCCGAAUUCGCCGGCGCCCACGCUCAGCUCGUUGCAGCAGCAGAGCUUCGAGGAGAGCAACAGUCCCAGUCCCAGUCAGAGCCAGAGUCCCAGCCAGAGCCAGAGUCCCAGCAGCAAGUCCAGCCUGAAGAAGGUGCCCUAUCAUUAUCUGCACGCCUCGAAUCCCAAUUUGGAGGUCUUUGAGUACCAUCACUCGCACACGAAAACGUUCAUGACCAAGAAGGGGGGUGGGGACGGUACACUGGAGCCGCACCAUCAGACGAACAACAUACAGGGCUACAUGACGCUGAAGGAUUUGAUGCUGCGCAAGCAGCUGGAGGAGUCGCAGGAGAUGUACAACAAUCGAGUCCACCUUGGCAUCGAGAAGCACAACCGGCACCUGCGCACCGACUCCAAUGCGAGUCAGCAAACUGCAGCGUCGGGCGUGGCAGUUGCGCCGGCGGCUGCCGCCAAGCCAGUGGGCAAUGGCAAUGGCGAGAAGCCGGCAAAGAUUCAAAGUCUGAGUCUGCCCAAGACGCCCGACUAUGAGUUUAGCUUCAAGCCCAGCGACGAGAGCAUAAAGCGAACACGCACCAAGGAGGGCCAGAAACUGCGUGACUUUGGCUACGAGCUCAUCUUUGGCGAUGAGCCGGCCACCAGCAGCAGCAACAGCACAAGCAACCACAACAACAACAGCAGCAGCAGCGCCAGCGUCUCCAGGCAAACCAGUUACAACGAGCACGAGAAGCAGCUGCUGCUACAGCAGCAACAGGAGAAACUGCAGCAGGAGAAACAGCCGCAGAGCUCACGCUCGAAAUACUUUCUGCGAUCGCAGCCGCUGUCUAGUUUCCUGCACAAGAGCAACAAGAAGCAUCACAAUGAUGCAGAUGUCGGCUCCGUGUCGAGCAACAGCAGCAAGAAGAGCAAGAACAAAUCCAGCAGCGGCAGCAGCGACAGGCGCUUCCCAUUUACGCCGAUGACAAUGACCUUGCCGCUGAACAAAAAGUCAAAGUCCAAUCAUGCGCUCGACGGCAGCAGCAUUAGCGGCGGCGGCAGCAACAUGGGCAGCGGCAGCAGCAACAUCAAGAAGAGCCAGACGUACAAUCAGGAUCUGCGUGACAAGGUGGCGGGCACGAAGUAUGAUGCGCAUCGCAAGAACUCGGCGCCGAUACCAAUCUUCACCAAGCUAUCUAUAUCAUCGACGUCGGGUUCGAGUGCGACGCCUACGCGUCCCUCCAAGGAGAAUCGUUUUCUUGGCUCGCCGAUGCUGCAUCGCACGCUCUUCGGGCACCACCAUCAGCAGCACCAGCAGCAGCAGCAGCUGCAUCAGCAGACGCCCAGCAGCGCCGAUCUGGAUGCGGAUUGUGAUCAGGAGAUAUUCUCGCAGGUCAUAUUUCCCACGCAGCACAGCCAGCGUAGCUAUCGUGGCGCUGCCGCCGCAUCUAACACCAACCUGUGCGCGUCCGAAUCGCUGCUGCCACCCUUGCCACCGGCUCCGCCACCACCAACAGCAGCAGCAGCAGCAGCAGCAGCGGCGGCAGUUGCUGUAAGGGAAGAUGCUGUUCAGGAGCCAGCAACACCAAAAGUAUCCAACACCAAUUCUUUAGAUUCAAAAGCCGCCACACCGGACUAUCCGAACAUGGAGUGCCCGCCGGUCUUUGAGCCGGAAAUAUACUCGCUCAGCGAGCCCAACACGAGCCUCUCCCGGCUCAUGCUGCGCAACAACAGCAGCAGCAACACCAACACCAACACCAACAGUCCCAGUGGCGGCGAGCAUCCAACCUAGGUGUGAUGUAAACUAUUGUGAAUGCUCUAUAUAUAUACAUAUAUAUAUAUAUUUACACGCAUAUAUAUAUAUAUAUCUAUACAUACUCGUAUUAAUAAGUAUAUACAAUUUUGUUCUUUUGGCAUUUGUCCUUUUCGGAGCGAGUUGCCGGUUCACAUACAUAUUCCCUUGGUACUCACCCCAUUAUCCUGAUUGAUAUAUAUAUAUAUAUAGAGAUUUAGAUUUAUGCAUAUUCGCCUUUUGGUUCCACUUAGAAAGAUUUUGUAUUACACGCGAGGCAGCGCAAAACAUAUAUCAAGUCUGUGCAUCGAUGUGGGAAAAAAUGUUGUAGAAAUACGCUAGAAAAGAAUAUUAACGAAAAUUCUUUAUGAUUUGCCUUUAUAUUGAGAUUAACCAAGUUAAUCGAAGCUGUUUGAUUUGCUCAACAGUUCAUGUCUAGCAUACAGUAAUAAAUAUAUAUACGCAUCAAUUUACAUACAUACAUCAAAAGGCGUGCAUUGUAGGGGCCGCCUCCAGGGGUAACACCCUAAGGGACCCCCAAAUAUUUUAGUUAGUAUACACAAGAUAAAUCAAUACGAUUAAAUAAAGUCAACUGUAUAUAAAGACAAAA